AUGCGUCCUCCACCAAGAAGCAUAGAGGAAUGGCUUUAUUUAAAGUUAUUAAAUAGUCGAUCCUUUAAUAAGUUUGUCUUUUGGGUAAAUUGUAAAGUUAAUAAGAAACAAUAUCAUGAACCAAUAUCUUCAACAACUAGCUACAGACCAACAGAAUUACAAAAAUUUAAAGCAUACAGGAUACUUUUUUGGGAUGAAAUGAGAGGAACAUUUGGAUUAAAAAGAUUAACUAAUAAGGGUAAGUGA